UUCAUUUCUUCCACAUAACCAAACCCUAACUAGAAGUCUUUUGUCAUACAACUAUCCUUUUUGACAAUGGCGAAUCAUCUUGGCUCCCACUCUGAAACCGACCCAAACAGCCGACUUUACAACCCAUGCCAAUAUCUAAACCUUCAAGUUCCCAUAACCAACCUGUACAAGCUUCCGACCUCCCCGGAGUUCCUCUUCGCCGAGGAAUCCCUCCACCAACGCCGCUCUUGGGGAGAAAACCUAACCUUUUACACUGGUUCCGCUUAUUUAGGCGGUUCAGUAUCCGGCGCAGUCGUUGGACUCUUCACGGCUCUGAGGAAUUUCGAGCAAGGAGAUACUUUGAAGCUGAAAAUAAACCGGAUCUUGAAUAGUACCGGUCAUGCAGGUCGUUCGUGGGGGAAUCGGAUCGGGGUGGUGGGGUUGGUAUACUCGGGGAUGGAGAGCGGAAUCGUCGCCGUGACCGAUCGAGAAGAUAUAUUGAGUAGCGUCGCGGCGGGACUCGCCACCGGGGCGGUUUGUCGUGCGGCAAGAGGGGUGAGAUCAGCUGCGAUCGCUGGUGCGCUUGGUGGGUUGGCGGCGGGGGCGGUGGUCGCUGGGAAGCACGUGUUGAAGAGAUACGUGCCUAUUUAAAAGAAUGAAAAAAGAAAAUAAAAUUACUCAGUAACUUGAUAUUUCUUUAAAUUGAUUUUUUUUCAUGGAUGUGGGUUAUAUUCGAGGGGGAAAUUGCUAUUAACACCGUGUUUCGGAGAAAUCAAAUUUAGUGUUAAUAUUUG